CCCUGCAGGAGAGGUUUGCUCACAUGGCUCCAUUUCAGCCCUGUGAUUGUGACAUUUGCAGUGACUCCUCAGACAUUGUGCAAGUGGCUGAUGCAGGCACACAGUAACCAUGGGAGGAGUUUGUGGUUGCACAGGCACGGAUGGGCUCUCAUGCGGAGGCUGCCAGAUGUGUUGGGAAAGAGCGUGCUGCUGGCCCUGUUUCCAGCCUCCUCCUGCCCACUCCCUGGCUCACACUGGGUGUCUCCCGGGGUCAGAAGCCUGUCUCAGUGCUCUGCUCACCUCCCUGCACAAAUGGUCCCUCUCAAGUACCACCAGGGACUUGCUUAUGCCCCAGGGAUGCAGAAAUGAGCAUCCUGCAUUGGGGCCAGCUACCUCCUCUCAAAGGCAAAGCAUGGGUCACCUCCUACAGCAUGGUCCCACCUUUGAUGGUGAGUGCUCCCCUGAAUGUUCACCACUACUGUGGUCGUGGGCUUUGUCAGUCCACCUCGCUCAAUGGCUGUGGCUUACCCAUUUCAACCUCUUUCCUGCACCAGUGGUGUAAGUCGUGAAGGAUGUUGGCUGCAUGGUAAUGUUGUCCUUUCUUUUUCCCCCAUGUAGCUUGAUUACAGUCAUUGCCAUUCUGGCUGUAGUGACUGUCCUGAUCAUCGGGUUUGGUGUCUCAGGACAGCGCUCCAUUCGUGUGACAGCUCUCCCAUCUCCGGGGAUCAUCGGCCAGCGCGGCGUCCUGGGCUGCGCUUUCCAGCCCGACAUCCGGCUGGGCAGCAUAGCGAUCCGGUGGGACAAGGCGGGAGCAGCCGGGCUGGUUCAUGAGUUCCGAGGUGGCCAGGACCAGCUGCAGGAGCAAGCUGCGCCGUUCCGGGGCCGCACGGCCCUGUUCAUGGAGCAGGUGAUGGGCGGCAAUGCCUCCCUGGAACUGCGGGAUGUGCGGCUCUCUGAUGCCGGCGUUUACCGGUGCUCCGUCACCACGGCCAGCGGGAGCGGGGCAGCGCUGCUGCGCUACAGGACAGGAGCCUUCAGCACCCCCAGGGUCCACGUGGAAAGCAGCAGCAGUGGGGACACGGUGCAAUGCGAAGCCCCGCGCUGGUUCCCUCAACCCACGGUGCGCUGGACAGCCUACAGCGAUGCUGGGGAGUACCUGCCUCACGUGUCCAACACCAGCUAUGAGCUGAACGCUGGAAGCAUCACUCUGAAAGUGGUUUCCUUUCUGCACAACAUCACUGCUAACACCACCUAUACCUGCGUGAUUGAAAACAGCAUUGCCAAGGCUACAGGCGACAUCAAAGUGACAGCCUCUCACUAUUCUUCUGCUACAGAUUUCAACAUUACAAGGGUGACCAACUUGCAGCUGGUUAACCUGGACACAGAGUCAGUGUCCUCUUCCCUUCCAAGCUGUCACUGGAUGCUUCUGCUUCCCUUGUAUCUGCUGUUGACAUAAAGCCUCCAUGAAACAAUCAGAAACACAGCUGGAUGUGGAGAAGAGUUACAACAGCUUCCCUGACGGCAGGACACGCUUCAUGCUUUCUUCCCUCUUGGGCUGAGAACUUCAGGAGCUCCUCCCACUUCCAGAACAUGCAGCAGCACAAACAUGAAGUCAUCCACUUUCCCUUGUGUUAUUUCUUACCCAUGAAAACAACAGAAUACUUUGACUUAGGAAAGAGAGCGAGGGAUGUG